GCAGGUGUUGGAUUGCAGCGCGCUCGCGGAGGCUCAGGGAUUGUGUGGAGCCCGGGAGCCUCUCAGAGAGUCUGGCUGCUAUUCCUCCGCCUCCCUCUCGGACAGCUUCCGAACCCAGCGGGGACGCACAGAGUGAAAAUGGUCCACCAUUCAGGCUCGAUUCAGUCCUUUAAACAGCAAAAAGGUAUGAAUGUAAGCAAGAGCGAGAUAACAAAGGAAACUUCAUUGAAACCAUCCCGGAGAUCCCUGCCUUGCCUUGCCCAGAGCUAUGCCUACUCAAAGAGCUUGAGCCAAUCUACCUCACUCUUUCAGUCCACCGAGGGUGAGUCUCAGGCUCCCACUUCUGUAACCUUAAUCUCCGCGGACAAAACAGAGCCAGUUAACGCUGAGGAGGAUAAAAAAGACUCUCUGCUCAAAUGUUCUUUUGCUGACCUCAGUGACUUUUGCUUGGCUCUAGGGAAAGAUAAGGAUUACAUGGAUGACUCAGAACAUGCUAAUUAUGACCGAUCUCGGCUAAUCAAAGACUCUGUUCCCAAAGAUAAUUCUGAAUCCAAGGCAAAAUUGUCUAAGAAUGACAUGAAUUACAUAGCAUCCAGUGGACUUCUAUUCAAAGAUGGCAAAAAACGGAUUGAUUACAUCCUGGUUUACAGGAAGUCAAAUAUACAAUAUGACAAAAGAAACACAUUUGAAAAGAACCUCAGAGCAGAAGGCCUGAUGUUGGAAAAGGAGCCAGCUGUUGCAAACCCUGAUAUCAUGUUUAUUAAAAUUCAUAUUCCAUGGGACACACUGUGCAAGUAUGCGGAAAGGCUAAAUAUCAGGAUGCCCUUCAGGAAAAAAUGCUAUUACACUGACCGGAGGAACAAAUCAAUGGGCAGUGUACAAAAUUAUUUUAGGAGAAUAAAAAAAUGGAUGUCCCAAAACCCAAUGGUUCUUGACAAGUCAGCUUUUCCAAACCUGCAGGAGUCAGACUGCUAUACUGGCCCCUUCAGCCGUGCACGGAUUCACCACUUCAUAAUAAACAACAAGGACACAUUCUUCAGCAAUGCUACUCGAAGCAGGAUAGUCUAUCACAUGCUACAGCACACGAAAUAUGAAAAUGGAAUAUCAAAAGUGGGUAUCUGUAAACUGAUAAACAAUGGCUCAUACAUAGCAGCUUUUCCCCCUCAUGAGGGAGCCUACAAAAGUAGCCAGCCCAUCAAAACGCAUGGACCUCAGAACAAUAGACAUCUAUUAUAUGAGCGCUGGGCACGCUGGGGAAUGUGGUAUAAGCAUCAGCCCCUGGAUUUAAUCAGACUCUACUUCGGUGAGAAGAUUGGGCUAUACUUUGCUUGGCUGGGAUGGUAUACUGGAAUGCUGAUUCCUGCAGCACUUGUUGGCUUGUGUGUGUUCUUCUAUGGAAUAUUUACAAUGAAUGGAAGUCAAGUAAGCCAAGAAAUUUGCAAGGCCACCGAAGUCUUCAUGUGCCCUCUCUGUGACAAGAACUGUUCACUGCAGAGACUCAACGAAAGCUGUAUCUACGCCAAGGUGACAUAUUUGUUUGAUAACGGAGGGACGGUCUUCUUUGCUAUUUUUAUGGCAAUAUGGGCCACAGUCUUCUUGGAGUUUUGGAAAAGGAGAAGAAGUACACUGACCUAUACUUGGGACCUUAUUGAAUGGGAAGAAGAGGAGGAAACACUUCGUCCCCAGUUUGAAGCCAAGUAUUACAAGAUGGAGAGAGUGAAUCCCAUCAGUGGAAAACCUGAGCCACAUCAGCCUUCCUCAGACAAAAUCACUCGUCUUCUUGUUUCUAUCUCAGGAAUAUUCUUCAUGAUUUCUUUGGUGAUCACUGCAGUGUUCGCUGUUGUGGUGUAUCGCCUGGUUGUCAUGGAACAGUUUGCAUCAUUCAAGUGGAAUUUCAUCAAACAACACUGGCAGUUUGCAACAUCAGCUGCUGCUGUCUGUAUCAAUUUUGUAAUCAUUAUGGCCCUGAAUCUUUGUCAUCCCAGUGGCUGUUUGAUAGACCUCUGCCUCCAGAUGGGUGUUAUCAUGUUUCUGAAGCAAAUAUGGAACAACUUCAUGGAACUGGGAUACCCGUUGAUCCAGAACUGGUGGUCACGACAUAAAAUCAAGCGGGGAAUACAAGAUGCGUCCAUACCUCAGUGGGAAAAUGAUUGGAACCUGCAGCCCAUGAAUAUUCACGGACUGAUGGAUGAAUAUUUAGAAAUGGUUUUGCAGUUUGGUUUUACCACCAUCUUUGUGGCAGCUUUUCCUCUGGCCCCUCUUUUGGCUUUGUUGAACAAUAUCAUUGAGAUCAGGCUGGAUGCAUACAAAUUUGUCACCCAGUGGCGGAGGCCUCUGCCUGCUCGAGCAACUGACAUAGGAAUCUGGUAUGGCAUUCUUGAAGGAAUCGGUAUACUGGCUGUGAUCACCAAUGCAUUUGUAAUUGCUAUUACAUCUGAUUACAUCCCACGUUUUGUCUAUGAAUACAAAUACGGCCCCUGUGCAAGUCGUUUUGAAUAUGGUGAAAAUUGUUUAAAGGGAUAUGUCAACAAUAGCCUAUCCUUCUUUGACCUGAGCGAGCUUGGUAUGGGAAAAUCUGGUUAUUGCAGGUACCGAGACUACAGAGGUCCCCCUUGGAGUUCCAAACCCUAUGAGUUCACCUUACAAUACUGGCAUAUCCUUGCUGCUCGACUGGCCUUCAUUAUCGUGUUCGAGGUAGCGUAA